AUGUCAUCCUCAAACUCAGACUUCAAACAGCCUCAGCCAUCGCCCACAUCAAGGCAACAAAGUAUCAACAUGGCGCAACCUUGCCUUGACCUUCCUCCAGAGCGUCUCUCAGCAGAGGUACUUGUCAAGAUGUUUGACGGUCCCAGAGUUACAAUCAUCGUUGGUGAAGAGAAGAAAGUACACAAACUUCCAAAGCUUCUCCUCUGCCACUUUUCGCCUUAUUUUAACUCCUGUUUCAAUAUGCGAUCCAAGAAACUUAGCGAGAAGGAGCUCGAGCUACCAGACGAUAAACCCGAGGACUUCUGGAUGUUGAUCGAGUUCAUGCUUCGCGGAGCCGUCUCUGACAAAUUCCUUAUGAGAAAGGCUGGAGACGAUGAGAACGUUCUGAAGGCAACGGUCUCUGAAUGCAUGGACUUCCUCGAAUAUGCAGACAAGUACUCCAUGACCUACGCUGCAGAGAUUCUGAUCACAGAGCCGCUCAAAGCAGCAUUACCUCUGUUGAAAAACUUGGGAGUAACCGGAAUCACAGACACCUACGUUGAGCUCGUUUAUCGUGCCACUCGGCAUGAUAGUGCUCUACGGAGACUGGUUGUCGAGAACAUCGUGUCUAGUUUAGGAGCAACGACUCUCGAGUUUGCAAAGCAAGAGGAACAGAUUCCCGCGUUUGCUCUGGAAAUGCUGAAUCAGAUUAGAGAACUAUUCCGCAGAAAUCAGAUCAACCCAGGGAAGGGACGAAAGGGCAUUCACUGA